AUGCAGAAAGCCAGCGUCAUGAAUGCUGUUCCUACCCAUCCUUUUCCUGCAGUGGAUCGGCCGACAUUUACUUUCAUCGAUCAUGAUCAAGACUUCAGUUCCAAACGAAUUAAAAAUGUCAAGUCCCGCAAGGCUAUCCGCUCUCACGUUAUGCGCGAUGUGCGUCGUCGUGAACGACUAGCUGGCCUGAAGCGAGGCUCCAAGCGGGAAGCUCAAUUGCAGAAACUCCCCAAACCCGCCCCCGCCCACAUUGUGCCGGACAGUUCUGAGGAUUCCUCCAGCGAUCAAGCAACGUCAUGCUGGAGCUCUUCUUCUCCAUCGUCAUCUUCAUCCUCGUCGUCGUCUUCUCCUCCUCAAGUGACAGAGUCCAGUGUUGAUCUUGUCCUCCGCCAGCCAAAACAGCAGUUUUUGACACAAUGGGGUGCCAGCAAUCCCCUAAACGGGUCGAGUUCAAAUCCCGUGUCCCAAAUAAUUUGGGAACUCGAUCCAUUUAGUACCUUGCAGUGUGUUGCUGGAAUGCCAUCCAUGGUCCCGGAAUUGAUACUAUACUAUGAGACUGUAUACGUACCGACGACGUUUCCGAAUGCGCAAAAUGGAUCAAAACAAGCCAACAAGGCGCUCACGACCACAUCCGCCUUCUCGGAUGCUGGCAGCUUUUUCGGCUUGAUGAGCAUGUGUGCGGCACAUCGAGCUAUUCUUUCCGGACGUCAUUCGGAUCUAAUAGAUGCGGAAGGCUCAUCCCGCAGCCUUUAUGACCCAGACUAUUAUAUCAUGAAAGAUAGAUGCAUUCGGGAGAUGGAGGCCAAAGUACGCGAUCCAAAUCGGGCACUUAGCAAUGAAGCGUUCGAUACGAUUGUUAGCCUCCUGACCAGCGCGUUGAUCGUAGGUCUUUUCUCGGAGAUCAGGAUCCAUCUUAAAGGUUUGAAACACAUGGUGGACAUGCGGGGAGGAAUCACGGCCCGCGGCAUUCGUGGUUCGUCCAUUUGGGCUGCUAUUGUUGUAGUCGAUAUCAAGGCUGCUUCGGGCCUUAUGACUACACCGGUAUUCCCACUUGCUUGGGGCUCGAAGCAUGUACCAGUAGAUGUCCAAGAGCGGAUUCAGCCGCCGGAGUUCUCACUAACCAACCGCUUUGGCAACGCUCUCUGUGCAAACACACUGUUGAGUUGCUCCCUACGAAGGGUCAUCCAUGCGUUUCGUGGGGUUGCCUUUUAUAGCGAGGCAAUUCAAACAAACCCGUUUUCUCUCCAGCCCAAGGACCAUGAAUUUUUCCGCCUUUUUAUAUGCGAAAUCGAGCAUCGAUUUGUCAGCUACGUUGAUUCUGAGUCUGAAGUAACAGUUCUUCACCCGAUUGAAGCGGUCACCAGGACAGCGGCAAUUUGCUACCUCAAUAAUCUUUUGAUUGUCUCCCCACCGUCGACAGGUCUUGGCCGCGCGCUCACAAAACAUUUAAAGAGUGCAGCAAACAAAUGCACACUUCCACUGCUGGCGCAGCUACCGGAGGAGAACGCCGUGCUUCUUGCAUGGGCACUGUUCAUCGGGGCCCAGGGCUCAACAGGACAGAUUGAACAUGACUGGUUUAUUGAGCAGCUCGCAACUAUCGCAGUAAUCUGUGGAUGGAGUCACUGGGAUCAGGUAUCAGAUUCAUUGAGCGAAUACCUUUAUGUUUCUCAGGUUCAAAGUCCGAUCUGGAAAACCAUCUGGGACAAGGUUGUCGCUUUUGUUCCAACAGGCAUCAUUGGGGCCUACUAG